GCCAACAUGGGCCAGAUAUUGAGCUGGAUCCGAGGCCCACGGGAGGGCCAGGCCCUGCAAGAUGUGUCCGUGGAGGAGCAGAUACACGGCAACUACCGGCCCCUUCCCUUACCCCGACAAAAUUUCUACCAGUCACAGCCUAGCCAGGCCACACCCAAACUGGCAGCCCAGGUCCCCACGGUGAAGCCGGCACAGUUUGAGAAGGCAUCGUCAGGAUCCUCCAUGGCUACAAAGCCUGGGCUGGUUACCACAGCAACAGGUGGAGCCACACAGAGUGGUGUCACAACAGGAGGAAGUGCUUCAAUUGGGACAGCAGGAAUAGCCAAGCCACAGACUAACACUACACCGUCAAGUGCUACUGUUAUUGAUAUGUCAACCGCUGGGGCCACCUUUGUUGACAUGACAUCAGCGGGGGCGAGGGGCAGUCUUAAAGGGAUUUCAAAGACUGCGGCUGUGUCCCAAGCCCCAGCUACAGGUCCAUCUCCUGCUGGUGGAGUGGCUGCAGCCGCUAGCAUCGCAGCGACCACUGAGGUGACCGAACCCAAAGAGUCACCCAAAGGCACAGCCAAGAGUACCACUGCCACCACAACCGUCAAAGCUGAUGUGCAUAAAGUUGAUCCUGCAAAAACAUCAAAGCCAGUUGCCGUGACUGCAGCUGGAAAUGUAUCUGUGCAGGGGAAGAAAGAAGCUAAACCAACACAAACGAAGGUGCAGGUAGAGGUUCCUCCCGCAGCAGCUAAAGGAGCCAAAGAGGUGGAUCCAUUGGAUGCCCUGGCCAGCAUACUGCCAUCAGCUGAUGAUUUUGCACCCAAACAGCCUGUAUACAGCGGGCCAGAAGUCAAAGAGCAUGAAGUCAUCUCUAAGAAGGAUCAGAAGUGUGGAGAAAAAGACAGCACGCUGCCUCCAGGCUACAGAUUUGAAAAUAUGCCUCCAGUUCCUGCAAAUGUUAAACCCGAGGACGUUCCUAAACCAAUGAGCACAGACGACGCCCUGGAUUCUCUUUCAGAUGGAUUCAUGGCUUCAGCCGUUCCAGCUGCACCCAAAAAGCAAGAGAAAAAGGACAAUGUCGAGAGUGUCAGUGCCUCAUCUGCUGGCCCCGCUAACUUUGCACCACCUCCUGUAAAGAAAUCUCAAAUCCCUGCUGCCGUUCCCCCUGUGGCUGUGUGUCCUGCUCCCCCUGCUGAUAAAAAAGCCAAGAUAGAGAAGGCUACGGGGGAUUUCUCUCUGGAGGCUGGGCUUCCCUCUGCCACUGUCAAGAAAAGUGUACCUCCUGUGGCUGUGUGUCCUGCUCCUCCUGCCGAUAAAAAAGACAAGACGGGUGGCUCUUUGUCUCUGGAUCCUUUUAGCGCUCUCAGUGACACAUUGCCAGCAGACCAACCAAAACCUGAACUCCCAAAACUGAGACCUGAGGACAUUGUCUCGGAGGACAAACACAAGAAGGAGAAGGGUGUGUUUGUAGGAGAGAGGGAGGACUCACUUCCUCCAGAAUACAGGUUUAACAAGGACAAACCCCAAAAUCUGCCUGCUCCUAAACCCGAGCCCACCAUAGAUGCUGGUGAAGCUCUGGACUUUUUGUCUGAAGGCUUUACAACCUCCUCAGCAGCGCCUGCUGUCCAUGCUCCUCUUGCAAAGAAAGCCCCUGCAGUUCCUCCUGUGGCUGUGUGUCCUCCUGCUGACAAAAAAGCCAAGAUGGAGAAAGUCAAGGAUGAUUUCUCUCUGGAGGCUGGAGUUACUUCUUCUACUGCCAAGAAAGUUGAGUCCUGUGCAAUUCCCCCUGGAGCUGUGUUUCCUGCUCCUGGAAAGAAAACUGCUCCUGGAAAGGACGCCACUGACAGCAAGCUCAAGACUGGUCAGGAUGGCUCUCUGUCUCUGGAUGCUCUCAGCGCUCUCGGGGACACGUUGCCCGUGGACAAACCAAAACCUGAACUCCCCAAACUCAGACCUGAGGACAUUGUCUCGGAGGACAAACACAAGAAGGAGAAGGGCGUGUUUGUAGGAGAAAGGGAGGACUCUCUUCCUCCAAAUUACAGGUUUAAAAAAGAUGAACUAAAAGAUCUGCCGACUUCUAAACCUGAGCCCCCCAUGGAUACUGGUGAGGCUCUGGACCUUUUAUCUGAAGGCUUCAUGACCUCUUCUUCAGCUCCUGCUGUCCAUGCUGCUCCAGCUAAGACCAAAGUAGAGGAUUUGUCAGCUCUGGAUCUACCCUCUGGAGAGUUUGUUGCACCAAAAAAAGCUUCAGGAGUUCAGGCGCAUGCUCCUCCUUCUGCAAAGAAGGCCCCACAGGGUGGCUCUUUGUCUCUGGAUCCUUUCAGUGCUCUCAGUGACACGUUGCCCGUAGACAAACCAAAACCUGAGCUCCCCAAACUCAGACCUGAAGACAUUGUCUCGGAGGACAAACACAAGAAGGAGAAGGGUGUGUUUGUAGGCGAGAGGGAGGACUCACUUCCUCCAGAAUACAGGUUUAAUAAAGACAAACCCCAAAAUCUGCCUGCUCCUAAACCUGAGCCCACCAUGGAUACUGCAGAGGCUCUGGACCUUUUGUCUGAAGGCUUCACAACCUCUUCAUCAGCCCCUGCUGUCCAUGCUGCUGGCAUCACCCCCUCAGCUCCUCCUGCAAAGCCCACUUCAGGCUUUGCUUUGAAUGCUUCAGCGGCAGAAUUUGUUUCCUCCACUGCUGCUUCGACGGUGAAGUCCGCUGCUUGUGUUCCCACAAAAACUACUCAAGAGCUGUCCGGGGGAGCAGACAGUGCCAUGGAUGCUCUGUCGGACACCUUGAAGGGUAUCGCACCCGCCCCUCAACCUGCACCACUUCCUGCCAAAGACAUUGUCAAGGAAAAAAAGGUUGUCGAAGAGAAGCUGGUUAAGAUGGGAGAGAGAGACGACUCGCUGCCACCAGAAUAUCGACCAACUGAGAAAGAUCUUAAGAAAACAGCAGAAGCACAGUCAAAAGCAGCUGCUGUACCCAAGAAGAAGGCUAUGGAUGAAAAAGCAGCCUUGGAUUUGCUGUCCAGUGACUUCUCUAGUGCCCCGACCACUGCCCCAGUCACAUCACCUGCAGGCACCAUAAAGCUGGAUCCUCCUGUCCUGGAUUCAAAGCCCCUGAAGCAAAUGACUGCUACUGUCCUGGACUCCCUGUCUGACACCCUGCUCCCAGAUGCCCCAGAGUUCAAAUCUAAGACGGACAAACCAAAGGGCAAGAGCAAGUCAAAGUCAAAGUCUAAAAAACACCAUGCAGAGGAGCCAUCUGCCACUGACCAGCUAUCAGAUCAACUUAGCUCAGACGUUGUGCCAACAUCUACAAAGAAGGGAGGCAAGAGCUAAACCACUUGGUUGUUGGCAGAAUUUGUCCUCCCGGCCACAGGGACGCAUCAGUGACGGAGCUGCUUUCUGGAUAAUGAUUUUAUUUUUCUAACUUGUCAAGAAUGUAUACUGGAUGAAAGACAGACCUAGACAUACCCAUAAGACACAAACACACACACACACACACACACACACAAAAACACUCUGCAUGCGGUGCCUUUUUUGUUUCACAUGUAUUUAUGGAAGAUAAGGUUUAGGUUUCAGUCUUUGAAAAAAAAAAAAAAGAUUAUAAAACAAAAUGAAAGAAUGAGUGAUGAACGGGUGUAAAGUAAGGAUGGAAACUUUGGGGAAUGAGAGAAGAUUUAAGUGAAAAUCUUUACUUUUGUUGGUUGAUGUGUUGAGCAUGCUGAGGAAGGAAGGUGUUCCUCGUCAGAGUCCUCUCUCUACAUAAAAGCUGAACGUUUUCCAAUGAAACACUAAUAUCACAACAUACUGUUAAUCUAAGCCCUGUGGUGUUGUGGCGUUGGUUGGACCAGUGGUGACCGUCAGCUUAUGUGGGAGCAGUAGGGAGUGGGUGUAGGAUUGGGAUGUUUGUGCAAUUUGAAUGUAUACAGAAAAGCCAAGUUUUCUAUUAUGAUGUGGUAAGAUGCCAUUAAGACACUAGUGGACAGCUUAGUUUGCUUAUAUUUUGGACAAUAAAUAGUUUACAUAAUUAAAUAUGUGGAGGAGGUAUUCUGCUUAAUUCUGUAUCCAUCCCUUGCAAAUGCCUUUGACUUUCUGUAACAAAAAUAUGCUGGUGUCCAGAAGUGCACUUAGUGAACCAAGGUGGUUACAAGCUUUUAUAACUGCCCUUGUUUGUAUACUGUAAAAAAAAGAAGAAGAAGAAAAAAAAGAUUUUUGUUCCAUAUAAUACUACACUGUAGAAUUUACAAAGGGCUUUCAACUGUAAAGUUCAAAAUCAAUGUACUGGCCCCAAAGUUUUUUUUCAUGUCAAAGGUGUUACGUGUGUGUAUGUGAGUCAAACGAUAUGAGAGGUAUUUCUGGAUGUGGGAAGAGUAAUUAAAUAAAAUAAGAUC